AUGCAAUCACAAAACGGAGACUCAGACAAAGGCCUUGGAGGGGAGGUUACUGCCCAAGAGGUGUUGGGAGAGUCUGUGAACGACACCAGAAAUGAAGCUACCCAAACAGAAAAUGAAGGCAAUUCUGUCAACACAGUGUCGGGAAUACAAGUGCAACCAGAAGGUGCAGAGCAGGAAUCUGAAGAGAAGAGUAUUGAAAAUGCAAUUAAUCAAAGGCAGUCUAAAGACAGCUUGAAUGAGUAUAGCACUGGAGACACCUUCCAAAGUGUACAAAAGGAUGUUAAAACUCAAGAGAAAGCCAUCAACUGUAUGUCCAGAGCAGAUCAACAGAAUGAACAAAAAUCAGAUGGCGAUCACAAAUCAGUAACCAGCUCAUUCAGUCAAAGAACAGAAGAAAAGAGGGGCUGUGUAAGAAUGACAAAAAAGAUUCUGCAAGACAUCUGUAAACAGCAGAAAUUAUACUUGACCCCAUACUUAAAUGAUACGCUUUACUUGCAUUAUAAAGGAUUUGACCGCCUGGAGAAUCUUGAAGAGUAUACUGGAUUGAAGUGUUUAUGGCUGCAAUGCAAUGGCUUAACAAAAAUCGAGAAUUUGGAGGCUCUGACAGAGUUGCGUUGCCUCUACUUGCAACUCAAUUUAAUUAACAAAAUUGAAAACCUUGAACCCCUACAAAAGCUGGAUUCCCUCAAUAUCAGUAACAACUACGUCAAGACCAUAGAGAAUCUCUCUUGUCUGAAAGUCCUGCAGACUCUGCAGAUUGCUCACAAUAAGUUACAAACAGUGGAAGACAUACAGCACUUGCAAGAAUGCCCAAGUAUUUCUGUUCUCGAUCUUUCCCACAAUAAUCUAAGCGAUCCAAGUAUUAUAACUAUUCUGGAGACCAUGCCUAAUUUGCAUGUGCUGAAUUUGAUGGGAAACGAAGUAAUAAAGAAAAUUGCUAAUUAUAGAAAAACACUUAUUGUUCGACUAAAACUACUAACAUAUCUGGAUGACAGACCCGUUUUCCCAAAGGAUAGAGCCUGUGCAGAAGCCUGGGCUGUUGGAGGGCUUGAAGCUGAGAAAGCAGAAAGGGAAAAAUGGGAAACCAGAGAGAAAAAAAAAAUCCAAGACAGCAUUGAUGCUUUAGCAGCAAUCAGGCAAAAAGCAGAGGAAAAGAAAAGACAAACGUAUAUGGAAGAAAGAGAUACAAGUGCAAAAUGUGAAAAUGGAGAUGCAACAGACAUCCUAGAAGGAGCACCUGCAAAUUCAGAUGACAGUGCUGGAAAUUCUAAAUCAUCAGAGACUUCAAAUGUAUCAGAAGAGGAAGAAACUCAAGAGAAGACUGAGAAAUUUAGAAAUGAAAGUUUUGAUACUCGUGAUGAAGUGAUAACACUUCUACCAAAUAGGGGAGGAAACAUGGAUUUCACAUCUGGAAAUAUUCCUGCUAGAAUUCAAGAGGAUGCACAAGAAUCAAACUCUUACAAAUGCUCAAACUUCAACAAGAAGACAGAGGUUCUACCAAGAGAGAAGGCAGCUACUGAAAAGGCCAUGCUUCCUGAACUGGAUAAAUAUGCUGAAAUUGAACAGAUCAAACUGGAAACACCAGAGAAACUUUAUCUUGACGAACUGCCUGAUUUAGAAGAUGUAGAUGUAAAUGAAUUUCCCCCAGAAGAGGAAGUCUUUGUUCAAAAGGUAAGAUUCUUAUUAAACUCCAGUGAUGAAGCUUACCUAAACACAUUUACAAAUGUUUUGCAAAAUGAGGAUAAUCUAAAAGAAGUUCCAACAGCAAUUUUUUCACACGUGUGUAAGAUACAUAAAGAGCAUGAAAAGGAGCACUUAAGACCCCUUGUUGAAAGCUUCUUUAGAGAGCCUGCUAAUUCAGAAAGGUGCCUGGAGAUCAAAGAUAAACAAGCAAUGCCCUCGAAACCCUUGAUACAAGAGGUUAUCACUGAGCCCAAGGAUAAUCUGCUCUUGUCACCAAUCUGCAGUCGACCAGAUGACCCAAGCCCAGGGGAAGAGGACGGUAAGAUCACAGUUACUUGCCCAGGGAACGGCAGCGAUGGGGAAGUACAGCACCUGGCUGAGGGUGAAGGGUGUCCUCACGGAGCACAAGAUGACGAGGACAGUGAGAGUGGGUUAGAUUAA